AUGUUAUUUUGUGAUUACUUCACAGAGCUCAAAUUGGAAAUUCAUGAAAGUGGAAAGACAAGCAAAUCACCGAAACUAUGUGGAACCAACUACCCUGUCUGCAUCUCCUUCAUUGUGGUGAAUGAGUUCUGUGAACGCUUCUCCUACUAUGGCAUGAAAGCGGUGCUGACGCUGUACUUCAUCAACUACCUGCAUUGGGACCAGAACCUGUCCACAGCAGUGUACCAUGCCUUCUCCAGCCUCUGCUACUUCACCCCUGUUCUGGGGGCCCUCAUUGCUGACUCCUGGCUGGGCAAGUUCAAGACCAUUGUUUACCUCUCUGUUGUCUAUGUACUCGGUCACGUCGUCAAGUCGGUUGGGGCCAUACCGAGUGUGGGGGACUCGACCAUACACAUAGCAUUGUCUAUGGUGGGGCUGAUCCUUAUAGCCUUUGGCACAGGAGGCAUCAAACCCUGUGUAGCAGCGUUCGGAGGAGAUCAGUUUGAUGAAGAACAUACGAACGAAAGGAGGAAAUUCUUCUCCAUCUUCUAUAUGUCCAUCAAUGCUGGGAGUGUCUUAUCGACAGUCAUCACUCCAAUACUGCGAGGAAAUGUACAGUGUUUUGGCGGUGACUGCUACGCUCUUGCUUUCGGAGUACCAGCCAUUUUGAUGGUCAUUGCUCUAGUCGUGUUCAUCUCUGGAAGUGGGAUGUAUAAGAAGAGUCCACCUGAGGGGAACGUCUUAUUGGAUGUGUGUCGGUGCCUGGGGUUGGCCAUCAAGAACCGCUGGAUGAGCUCUAAGUAUGACUCUAAGAGGAAACACUGGCUGGACUGGGCAGAGGAGAAGUAUCCGAAACGUCUGAUCCAUGAGAUUAAGAUGGUCCUGAGGGUUCUGGUGCUCUACAUCCCUCUGCCCAUGUUCUGGGCUCUGUUUGACCAGCAGGGAUCCCGCUGGACUCUCCAGGCCACCCGGAUGAACAUGGCCUUUGGAUCAACAUUCGUUCUGAAGCCUGAUCAAAUGCAGAUGUUAAACGCUCUGCUGAUCCUCAUGUUUGUGCCUAUCUUUGACGUGGUUGUCUACCCACUCAUAGGCCUGUGCAGGAUCAAUCUCACGUGA